AUGACUUCUCCUCGUGAUCAACUACUUAUAACAUUAUCUGAAGCGGCUUCGCAACAGCCUGAACAAAUAAAGGUAGCCGAGGAGCGACUUAAGCAAUGGGAGAUAGCGCCAGAGUUUUAUUCCACUCUGUUUCUUGGAGCAAUAUUUUUCAAGAAUGGUGUGGAUCGAUAUUGGCGUAAAACUUCGAAAAACGCCGUCAAUCCCAAUGAAAAGGCCAAGAUAAGAAAUAGACUUUUAUCUUUUAUGGACGAAGCGCAUAAUCAACUGGCAACACAGUGUGCUGUGAUGGUAUCAAAAAUUGCACGGCUAGAGCCAGAAUUGCUUCAAAAUUUAUUAUCAAUUAUUCAUUCGACAAUAACCACCAUUUCAGACUCUCGGACGAUCUUAAUACAAAAAAGAUCAUUAGUUACUUUGCAUUUAGUUGUCAAAGCUUUGUGCUCUAAAACAAUGGGACCAGAUCGAAGAAUGUUACAAGAG